AUGUUAGAGCCAAUUCCCGUAUUUCGUGACUCUGCUGAGGAUUUGAGAGACUUCUUCGUUGAUUUGGAGAACUCUCUUAUCAAAAUCAGAAAGGAGAGAAGUACAAGGAAACAGUACAAGUUCCCGACCACUAAUGGAGAAGCGGUGGUUGAUUCAUGGAAGUUCAACGAAUUCGCCUAUGGUACUGAUAUAGAGCUUCCCAGUCAAGCUAGAGGCUUGUUCACGCGAGAUGGCAAGAUCAUUGCAAGAGGCUACGAUAAAUUCUUCAAUGUGGGAGAGGUUGAAAAAUCUAAGCUUGAACACCUCCAGAAACUAAAAGGGCCCUUUGCGCUAACCAUGAAGGAAAAUGGGUGCAUUGUAUUCCUCUCCGGUCUUGAAGACGGAACGCUUGUCGUUUGCUCAAAACAUGUGACAGGAGAGCCAGUCAUAGAGAGUGAUGGUAAAGGCUCUAGGCACUACGAAAGGGCCAAGAAAACCGUCUAUGAGCAUCUAGAGAAAGCAGGGAAACUUGCCGAAGAAUUGGCCACCUUCUUGUACAAACACAACAUCACAGCAGUCGCUGAACUUUGCGACGAUGAUUUCGAAGAGCAUAUUAUAGAGUAUCCUAAAGAGUUGGCAGGGCUUUACUUACACGGUAUCAACGCCAACACCAUCCAGUUUCAUUCUUACCCAAUGAAGAAUGUGUACGCUGUCGCAGACUACUUUGGGUUCAAGAGGGUGUACUAUGAGCAGUAUGACUCGUUUGACACCCUUUGGCUGUUUCUUGAAGAGAAGAGUAAGACGGGUAUCUUUCAAGGAAGAGAGAUCGAAGGAUUUGUCAUUCGAGCCAAAGAUAAGGAAGACGAUGACUUUUUCUUCAAGUAUAAAUUUGAAGAGCCCUAUGCGUUAUAUCGUACAUUUAGAGAGGUUACCAAGGACCUCAUCACCAAGAGGAGGGCCAAGGUACAACUCAUUCUUGAGCAAAGAAAACAUGCCAGAAUUGUCCAAGCGUAUCUUGACUUCGUCGAAAAGUUAUUUUCGGAGCAGCCUGAAUUAGCAGAACAGUAUCUCGAAGAGAAGGGUAUUAUCAAAGUUAGAAAAAUGUUUCUCAAGGAUAUUGGUCUUGAUCAGCAAGAUGGUAUGGGAUUGGUUGCCUUGAACGAGAGCGAAAAGCUCACUAAACGAUUCAAUGAAUUUUUUGAAGAAGUGAAAUUCAGGUACAUCUUAUUUCCGAUUGCCGUUGUUGGCUGUGGUAAGACCACCGUCUUCAGAACCCUUGCUAACUUAUUUCCCAAAUGGCAACACUUCCAAAACGACAAUUACAGUGCUCCAAAAGAGUUUAGAAACUCGUGCGUGAAGUCUCUUGCCGACCUGCCACUAUUACUCCUCGACAGAAACAACAGUCUGAGAAAAGAGAGACAAAGUUUAAUAGAUGACAUCUUCCAGAUGCGCUGUAAUGUGCUCGUUCCUAAUGUGGGUCUACGCUUCGUGGGAAUCAAUCUCACCGCAUGCGAUGACAAAGAGAAGUUUUCGAAGGUAAUAAGAGAACGUAUCGAGGCUCGUGGUGACAAUCAUCAAUGCGUCAACGCCAAAACAGAGAGACAAAAGACGGAAAGAAUCAUCCUCUCUAUGGAGGCGCGUCUUCAACCACCUACGCUUGUUGCUUCUGCACCAAAGAAUAAGGUCGUCAAAGGCGAAGAUCUUGAAUCUCCAGAUGACCUGUUUUACUCAAUGAUAAAUUUCGACAUCACCAAACUGUCAUCUUUGGAAAUCGCCAAGGAAAUCUGGGCAUAUCUAUCACAGCUUCAGCAGUUUAAUGAUGAGCGUGAUCCUACAGAGGAGGAAUGGCAAAGAGCAUACCAAGAAGCCCUUGACUAUAAGCCAACCUUCAAAAAAGUGGUUUCUUCCAAGAACUUAGGUGACAAGAGACCAGAGUAUUAUGGCGUUCGAAUAGAAGACGUGAGCGGGUUGAUUGAUGGAGUGAGUACUAAACUUGGUGAGCAAAAGAUGUGGCAGUCCAUGAGAGCAAAUGACAGAGUUCAAAGAGAGCUCCAUGUAACCAUUGGCCACAAGAACAGCAUUUAUGCGUUUCCUUCGCUAAAAGAUAAGUGGAAUGAGUUGGCCCGCAGAUUCGCCAUGCAAGUUGCAAAGAAAGAGUCUAAAGAGGACAAAUUUGUUCCAGUCAAGUUCUUCUGCGACGUGCAUGUGAAGAAGUUGGUAGUGUUCGACAACAAACUAGUGACUUUAUCAGUUCAAAUACCUCAGACAUACAAGAAGGAGGGGGAGAACAUCAUCCUUCAAAACCCAGCUCUAGAGCCGCUAAACGAGCACCUUCAUAUCACUGUGGGCACCGUCUCUUCUUCGGUAAGUAAUGCAGACCUGAACGUCUUGCUUCAUGAGUUACUGAAAAAAUACGGUGACGUCUUAGCGGACGGAGAGUAUCCUCUUAAAGAGACAAUCGCCAGAGUAUAUUCGUUUGACAGGCUUCUAGAGAAACAGCAGGUAUUUAUUUUUUUUUAG